AUGCCAUGUUCUAAAGAAGAAGCUCUUGUUAGACUCUUCUACAAUGCCUCAAGCUCUUUCCAUCUUCUCUUCCUCUUCAUCUUCUUCUCUUCCAUUUUGCUCAUCAAGUUAUUAAGCUUAAUUGGAAGCUACACCAUAUUCCAAAGAGAUCAACACUAUGAGUAUGUGUCUUCUGAGUAUGAUGAUGAAGAAGAAGAAAUUCAAGAGAGUUACUCUUAUGACCAUGAUUCUAUUGAGAGAGAUCAUCUAGUAGCUGACAUCAUUUGUGGUGGAGAAACCCUUUUGUUUCUUCACAACAACCACCCUCAAAGUACUCAUUCUUCUUCUGAAGAAUUCAUAACACCACAGAAUAGCCUUAUUGAAGAAACAGAAGAAAACUAUUCCACAGAAACUUUGUCUCUUCACAAGUCACCUGUGGUUUCAGACUUUGAAAAUGAAGAGGAAGAAGGAGAAGAAGAAUUUCCAGCAGAAGAUGCUGAUUCUGUUCCAAAUUUUGUCCAAGUUGAAAGCAGGCCCACAUCACCCAUCACACUGAACCUCAGCAAAAGUCAUGACUUGGUGGACAGUGACAAAAACUAUGACGAAGAUCAUGUUGAUGUUGGACUUGUUGAAAAUAAGAAAGUGCAAGAGACAAACCUCACAAGAGAUGAGAGAUUCCUUGUCUUUGCUCCUACCCAAUUAGAGACUAAGAAGUUCAUUGUUGAAGAAAAUAAGGAUGAUGAAGAAAUAUAUGGUGACUCAUGCACUGUUGGGUCCACUUCUAAGAGCUCCUCUGAAUGGAGGAGCUCCAUUAAUUGCAGGGAUUCUGGAACUGAAGACCCUUUUUCUUCAUCAUCAAGAAGAAGUUGCCCCAAAUGGGAAUCAUAUACAGUUUUCCAAAAAUAUGAUGAAGAUAUGUCAUUCCUUGACAGGAUUAGCGCACAGAAACUUCAUGAAACUGAGUCUUUAAGAUCUAUCAAGGUAUCUCCAAGAUCAAUUUCAGAGCGUAUAGUGUACAAGUUUUCAACUAUGAAUAAAAAAUCAACGGAUAUACGUCAGAAUCCAUAUCGUGAAUUGGAGGCUGCAUAUGUUGCACAAAUUUGCUUAACAUGGGAAGCUCUUAAUUGGAACUACAAGAAUUUUCAAUCCAAAAGAGCCUCACGAGGGCAUGAUGUUGAUUUGGGUUGUCCAGCAACCAUAGCACAGAAAUUCCAACAAUUUCAAGUGCUGUUGCAGAGAUACGUAGAGAAUGAACCUUAUGAACAUGGCAGGAGACCUGAGAUCUACGCUAGAAUGAGGCAUUUGGCUCCAAAAUUACUCCUCGUGCCAGAAUAUCGAGAAUCAGAUGAUGAUCAGAGGGACGAUAAUGGGUUUCACUCAAAAAUAUCAACAGCUUCAUUUCUUAUAAUAAUGGAAGAUGGGAUCAGAACGUUCAUGAGUUUCCUCAAGGCUGAUAAAGAGAAGCCAUGUCAGGUCCUGGCAGCUUACUUUAGGAGAAAUAAAAAACCUUCGGUUGAUCCAACACUUCUACGCCUUAUCAAGAAAGUUAAUCAAAAGAAGAAAAUAAAGGUUAAGGAUCUUCGCCGUUCACGCAAAUGUUUGAGAAAGAGAAAGUUGAAGGUGGAAGAAGAAAUGGAGAUUUUGAUGGCACUAAUAGACUUGAAAGUGGUGUCAAGGGUUCUGAGAAUGAGUGAGUUAAGUGAAGAACAGUUGCAUUGGUGUGAAGAGAAAAUGAGCAAAGUGAGAGUGGUGGAUGGAAAACUUCAAAGAGAAUCCACUCCACUUUUUUUCCCUGCACAUUGACCCACACAAGUUUUAUUAUAUAUUGCUUGGUGACUGGGUGAUGAAUGUGCAUGACUGCACCAAAGGAAUAUCCAUAACACACUUUUCUUUGUAAAUAUGGUUAAAGAAAAUGGAGGGGACCCUACAAAAUCAAAGUGAAACAUGUGGGGUGGCAUGGAUUUUGGAGCCUCAAAUAUGUUCCGUGGAAAGAUGGGUAAAGAAAGAUGAAUGUUUGUCAUGUUGAUGAAUAUUGAAAGUGAGAGACCAUAGACAAAGCAAGGAACAUUAAGAUAGAGACAAGAUUAGCUUUAUUUUGCUUUAGCUAGCUUUUAAAUUAGGGUUUAUCUAUAAGGGUUUUUGAGCUGAAUCAAAAAGAAGAAUGAGCAAGGCUGAAGCACAUGCACUUCAAUAAAAAGUAGUAUUGUGCUCUUGGCAAAAAGUAUAUCACACCAUAAAAGAAUGGUAGGCUUAGUUUUUCUUUUCUCCUUCAAAUAAUAUAGAAUGGACCCCACUUUGUUUUCUGAAAGAGGGAAAACAAAUAAAUAAAGGAAUAAAUCUACCAUCAAAGUAGCACCAUGACUAGGACUUCUUGUAGGGUUACAAGUACUUAAUUACCAUUAUAUGUAAUAUUUCUUACUUUCAAAAAAUUGACUCAGAUUUAUCU